AUGUUAGAAAAAGGGAUAAUACAAGAGUGCCGAAGCAAGUGGCACAGUCCCAUUGUGGCUGUCCUGAAACCUGAUGGAAAAAUUAGGCUCUGUAUUGAUUUCCAGAAAGUGAAUGUGGUGGCCAAGUUUGAUGCUUAUCCCAUGGCGAGGGUGGAUGAAAUGGUGGAGAAUGUAGGACAAGCUAGCUAUAUGGAUCUGAUGAAACGCUGCUGGUGGGUCCCAUUAGCACCUGAAGACCAAGAAAAAACAGCCUUUGCUACACCCUGGGGCCUAUUUCAAUUCCGACAUGUGCCUUUUGGAUUGCACAGAGCGGCGGCAAUGUUCCAAUGGCUGAUGGACAGAGUCCUGGUGCUGUAUGGGGGUUACGCUGCAGCAUAUAUAAACAAUAUUAUUGUGUAUAUGACAGAUUGA